CGUCUCUCAUGGUUGCUUAAAACCAGCACCGUCCCGAUCUCUCCUCACUUCUGCGCUGCAGUCGGAUCUUCAUCACCUUUAAGGACAAUACUAGUGUUGUUUUCCCAUCUUUAAACAUGUCUCAGGUCAACAGCUGCCUCAAAUGGCUCCUAAUCAUCUUCAACAUCCUCUUCGCGAUUGGCGGCAUCGUCAUCAUCGCGCUCGGUCUGAAUUCUCAGUUCAACUACACUAACAUAGUCAUGCCUGUGGACAUCAAGCCAUCAUACUUCUACAUCCUGGGCUCCAUCGUCGUGGUGAUUGCCAUCCUGGGAGCUGUUGGCGCCUUCAGUGAGAGCAAGGCGUGCAUGGUCUUGUUCCUGGUGUGUAUGAUUCUUGGAAGUAUUGCGAUGCUCCUCCCUGGAAUCUUAAUGGCUGGCUUCCGUCCCACGGUGGCAAGCAUUCAGGAUAAUCCUCAUGAUAAUCUGGACAAAGAUUCACCCAUGAUGGAGCAGGAGUUCCAAAAAAUGCAGACAGAGCUGCAGUGCUGCGGUCGGUUCAGUUAUAAGGACUGGCAGGGAAACAUCCCCGACUCUUGUCUGUGCAACAAGUUGGAUGGGAUGGAGGGAAAGUGUCACACCGUCUACGACAGACAGCAGCAGAGGAAGUCAGUCUACAUCCAGGCCUGCUUCCCCAUCGUCACUUCCAGGAUCGUGCGGUUCUUUGACAUCUUCAUGGGGAUCUUCUUCACUCUGGCUAUCCUGGGGCUGCUGGGCAUGGUUCUGUCCUCCAUCAUGAUCCACCAGCUGCGUUCCCCCAACAAGACUGUUUUCCUGAUGUCGGUGCCACCCUUCACCAAAUCUCCCCAAUACGAGGAGCUGCACAACUUUAUUCCUCCAAAGUACUACUAGAGGACCACCGGCUUCCCUCAGGCUCGCGGGUAUGGGUCAGGAAGUCCAGCUGUGUGUCCCAGUGUCCAAAGUGCCUUAACAUCCAAUGAGGAGUCCCGGCUGUCGGCUCCAUCCAGAUCAAACGCUAAGCAGCUUUUCUUUUUUGAAGAUUUAUUUUGGGCAUUUUAGUAAAUUGAGAUCUUUGUUUUUAUAUGCAGUGACAUUAUUAUUCAUUUCACAUUAGAAUGUGAUGGGUCUGUGCUUAUUGAACGCUUGUUAUUGUUUUGUACAAAUACAACCAUAGAGGGUUGGGGUUGUUGGGGUGAUAUAAUGAUUAUAUAGGGUAUUUCACACUGUUCCUAAAGGUCUCCUAAUAGGGUAUGUUACAUUGGCUGGGCUGAAAAUGUCUCUGCUGUUUUUUUUUUUUUUUUUUUUUUUUUUUUUGGCCAUAAUGCUACCCUGUUAAAUGGGACUGGACUAAAACGAGGGCUUUUCUGCCUUAUAUGGUCUGCUCAUGAAUAUUUAGAUGAGCUGCACGCUGAUUGGUUGAGCUUAACACGUGCACACACAGACAUACUCUCACACGUUCCCCUCUAUGCCCAUGUGACGCGACCUAGAUUUAGAAGACUAACUGACCUCAGAUCAGUUAGUGGCCUAGUAUGUAAAUUUUGGGGCGUUACAAAGAUA